UUAUUCCAAACGUUUGACCGCCAGUGCAUAUGCUGUUCAUUAUGCUGUGCAGAUGGUUUGUGGAAGACAGUGCAGGUGAAAGGAAGUCCUCCUACAGUCAGGACGUACCACACAAACUCCGCCUGUGUUGGAAACAGACUCUACGUGUUUUCGGGAGGCGACGCCGGAGCAGCUCCAGUCACUGAUCCACAAGUCCACGUCUUUGAUUCAGUCACUGCGACCUGGACGCAGCCACAGAGCACAGGGAAACCUCCUGCGCCGCGGCACGGACACGUGAUCGCAGCCAUCGGAUCGGACAUCUACAUACACGGAGGAAUGUCAGGAGAGACGUUUCACAACGACAUGUUCUUACUGAACACGGAAACUAUGAAAUGGGAGAAAGUGAAAGCGAAAGGCGAAAUCCCACCAGGAGUGGCGGCGCAUUCAUCCGUGAGCUUUGGGAAAAACAUCUUCAUCUUUGGAGGAAUGACGUCAGAAGGAGCCUCAAAUUCCAUGUUCAAGUUUCAGUGCGACAAACAGCGCUGGACGCGGCUGAAGUUUGAAGGAGAUCUUCCUCCGGGGCGACUGGAUCACUCCAUGUGUUUAGUGCCGUGGCGUGUGAAGACGGCGGGUCGAGAAACAUGUGACGCAGAUGUGCAGCAUCUGUGCUUCAUCUUCGGAGGAAUGGACACUCAGGGCGUCAUAUUCAACGACUGCCUCGUUACGCUGCUCACAUGACCACUAGCUUUAAUAUUCAAUAAACAUAUUCAAUCUCAAAACA